AUGGGACAUCAUAAAGAAGCUGAGGUGGGUCUCCAUAGUAAUCCUUUGAACUGUUAGCAGCCUCGGACGACAUAUUUCAUCCUCUAAACUAUAAAAGUAGUCAAUGAAAAGGGGGAAAAUGAACACGUAUUACUAUUAUUAGAUGCAUCAAUAUCAAUAUUUAAUAUUAAUAUUAUUACACAUAAUUUUUGACUUCCUAACCAAAUUAAUUGCUUCAAAAUACUCUGACUAACUAAUGCCACAUUAAUUUAAAGCAAAUAACAUAAAUACAAACUAUGGUAAUAAUAAAUUAUAUAAUCAUGGACUGUAUGUAUGUAAUUUACUUUAAGUUAACAUGGCAAGUUGGUCACAGUAUUGAAAUAUUGGACUGAGUGUUGUCGCCUCAAUUCUGUCCAUAAGGAUACAAGUGAACUAAUUAAACAAACAAUAGGACUCUCCCAUCAAUACUGAAAUUAGGACUGCCAAUAGCUAAGCUGAUAGCUAAAGAAUUUUGAAAAUCGUUAAUUAUUAAGUUAAUAGUUGUAUAGUACCUUGGUAUGGUCUACAUCUAUAUUUUACUCAAUGAACACCAGCUACAAAAAAGGCCAGUGACAGGGAAACUUAUUGUGAUGGUGUCACGAAAUGUCAGUUGUUUUCUCAAGCUACCAUGAAUUUCAUAUCACUAAGAAAUAAAUUAUAAAAGGUAUACUGCCUCGGGAAAAUAGUUACGGCAUAAUUUGUCUUACAUUUUUAGAAUUUGGACAAAAAGCACUUGAAAUUAUUCCCUAAUUUCAGAAGUCACCAUUUGAUUAUGCAAUAUUGUUUGUACAGAUACAUCUAUGAUUCGUAAAGAAAUUUAUUCAAUGAAAUACUCCCGGGGGUGGUUCUCCCUUAUAUAAGCCAUAUAGGUCUGUGCUGAGCCAAAGGUUGUGGGUUUAGCCCUUUUCGGUCUGAAAACGGGUAUAGGCUUUAAACAGUUUAGUCUGGAAUCGGAUGUGGUUUUCGAAGGGAACUACAGGAAUGCAUGAACGUAUUUGUCAUUUCAAUUCCAAAUGAAAAAGAAAGAAAGAUAUGUGAAUUCAAAAUGGACUUGUUGGAGUUCCAAUCUAAGUUAUUUCAUGUCUGAAAAUGGGUGUGGAAAAUGACAUUUUUUGGUCUGAAAAGAGUUCAUGAUUUGGAGAAACAGGAGGCACAUCCCCACUAAGAAUUCCCAAGAGCGAACCCCCUUCUGGGGGAAAUACUGAUACUUUUUUAAUCUGGUUCUGGCAACAAUUAACAAUUAUUGAAUUCCGCUUUCGUAUUAUCUGAAGAAUAUUAUUAUAAAGAUCGAGGAGAGGCCGAGGCGGAUAACACCUUCCGAGAUCUCCAUAAUUCUUCAGAUAAUACGAAAGCCAAAUUCAAUCAUUGUUUUAUAAUUCAUUCAAAAUAAUUAUUCCUAAAUUCAAAACAAGCUAAAACAUGCUUACCUCCAUCGAUGUUAAGUUCAUCUUCAAAAGUGUUUAUCAGCAAGUUUAGAAGAUAAAGGGUUGUUCAGUUCUGCAAAAUAUUCUCCAAAUAGCAGAUGUUGUCCGUUGAGUUAUCUUUUUGCUGUUCUCAGGCGCGGAUCCACGCCUGUUUCCACCGUUUUAUGGAAAUCGGUCAGAUUUUUCCUAAUAAAUAGAUUUUUAAUAUAAAAAAAUAAUAAAAAAAACUUCCCAAGUUUCGAGGCUUCAUUCGAGUAGAAUGGAACUCGCCAAUAUCCUGUCUUAAUCACUUAGAAACCCAGGAAAGGGGUCAGUAUUUAUUUUAGCUCUGCGCCAGGUACUUGCUAUGUUUUAGCCAAUAGUUGGCGUAUUUCAUCCUCAUGAAACAAGUGAAAAUGUUCUUCUACUCACUACCAAAACAACUCAACCUUGUCCCCAGGUCUUCUCGGUUAACUGUUCAAUAUUUUGGUAAUUUGCUGCACAGUUGACGUCAUUUUUCACAUAUCGCAAAAUUCUUCCAAAUUUGGUCGACAGUAGCUGGUUAUGGUGAAUAAUGAUGAAUUAUGCGUGGGAUUUUAGCCAAUCAGAAACGGAGAAAUAUUUUGAAUGAACAAUAACAUAAAUUAUGUCGAGAUUUUUGCUCAAAGUAUCCAAAGAUCAUGCUCUAUUUUAGGAGCUUUCAUACACUAUACAUUCUCUCUUAAGUGCUCGCGCUAAAACGAGAAUUUUACAAUAGAAGCGACACGAAAAUGGAACCUGAUCUCAAGUUAGUAAGUGUAAGCGACGCGCGCCCUCAAAUAUAUAAGCUUAAGCUUUCAAUCAUAAGAUCAUAUGGUCGCUUCAUGACGUAUAUAAUUACGCAAAAAUACUCAUAAACUGCUGGUGAAUAACCAGCUCUAGCUGCGACCACUUUUAUGGGUUCCCGAGGUGGUCACUUACGAGAUCUUUUGACUGCAUAAGCUGUCACAACGGAGAGGUUCUGACCGACUCUUCAGGAGGUUGUGAAGCCAUUUUUAUAGUAAGCUCAUCUUCUCUUUUAGUAUGUUCAGAUGUUCCAAAACAUCCUGCACUGAGCGAAUGCGGAGUGCGUUAUGAGUAACAUAUCUACAAGCUAAAAUCACACUUUUUGUAAUAGGAAGAUCAGGUCAGUCGAUGGAACCGAAAACAGUUUGGUUGAAGCACUACACACUUUCCUUAGAUCCUCCCAUGAUGAUGAAAAUGCUGGCCUGGGAUGCUGGUCAGCAGAUCCACUGCUAAUCAAAGAAUUGAGGCUUAUUGGUCACAACUGGUGAAGGAUUGUCCUGGUUGAUGGAUCAAUUCGUCAGAUUUUGGACUAUUUAAUGGUUCGGAUCCUGUUCAUCAGGAAUGUAUUCGAUUUUGCUUCAUGCAAAUCUUAAGUGAUGGCUUCACCAAGUUGCUGAAAAGUGGAAUCAACUGCUAA